AUGUUGCAGACUGUGUCCGUCACACCAGGGCCUGCUCACAACGGCACAGAUACGUGCAAUGUCAUCGUUUUCGGAGAAGCAGGAGCUGGUAAAAGUUCUUUGAUCAAUUUGAUCACUAGGGAGUACACGGCGCGGGUAUCCUCUGAUACUAUGGGAUGCACGACUGAAACCAACGCAUACGAGACUGAGAUUUCGAUUCCGUUGAAGUUGAAGGUAAAGCUUUUCGAUACUGCCGGUCUCGAUGAGGGCCCUGGAGGUACAGUCCCUAAUAUGCAAGCUCGAAAAGUGUUAAAGACGCUCAUUCGAACUCUGAUGAUGCAAGGCGGCAUUCAUCUCAUCGUGUACUGUGUGCGGGGUGAGAGAGUGAUUCGGACACUCCGCCGGAACUACGACUUGAUUCGCUCCCAAGUCAAGAUGAGAGUUCCAAUCGCCCUUGUCGUCACGGGUUUGGAAUACCAUGAACCAGACAUGGAAGCUUGGUGGAGAAAAAAUGAGCGAAUCAUCUCGAACCACGGGAUGACCUUUGCUGGCCACGCAUGUGUCACCACAGCCAUGUCCCACAAGAAUGCAAGUCCUAAGCUCCCGGAGCGUCGCGACGAGUCAUACCUCACUGUCUGCAAACUCAUCGAGCAGUGUCGCCUGUCGAAUGAGAGAGGGAUUCGCGGUGUGAACCGCAGAGGCACCAAUAAAACGACUUCAAGCACGCAUAAAAAUAUUGUGCUCUUUGGGCAGAUGGGGGCAGGUAAAAGCUCACUCGUCAACCUCAUGGCGGGAAAGGACGUAGCAGACACGUCCAACAAUAUUCAACUCUGCACAUUGCACUGGAAACAAUAUCCAGUCGAAUUCGACGGCAGAUCUUAUAUGGUAUUCGAUACCGUUGGACUUGUGGCACCACAGCUGAAAAAGGCAGAAUACCUCGAUGCUGUCGAGGAUGCUUGUAAACUCAUCCAGCAUUUGGAGACACAAGGGAGCAUUGAUCUGCUUCUGUUCUGUAUUCGCCCAAGCGAAGUCGCGGAUACGCUUCAGAAAAAUUACAUGCUCUUUCACGAAUUCCUCUGCGAUAAGAAGGUUCCAAUCGUUGUAGUGAUCACGCACCUCGAGCAGGAGGGAGCAAUGGACGACUGGUGGAAAAAGAACAGUGGAACGCUCCGGGACUGGAACAUCCGCGUUGAUGAUCAUGCGUGCAUCACCGCCAUCAAAGGCAAUCGCCCAAACCUGUAUGAAGAGUCGCGCGCAAAGAUCCACAACCUUGUCCAGGAGUUUACCGACGACAGGCAUAAGCUAAAGGGGCCACUUGUAGGGAAUGGGAGUUUGCAAGAGACGAAUGAUAUUGUCCAUUUCUUCACACGGCGUUGUGGUAUGUCUUCAGAUGACGCGAAUGAGCUAGCUGAUAGGAUCAAAAAGACGAGAUAG